AUGCCUUCAGCUAUUGUCACUGGUGCUACUGGAAUAACCGGGAGUGCGAUCGUACGCCAUCUCCUCAAAGACGACUCAUACGACAAGAUCUAUUCCUUCUCCCGUGGAAACCCAGGGUAUCAGGAUCCGAAAGUGCAACAUGUCAACCUGGACCUACAAAGCUCGGCGCGGGACAUGGCCCAUGCCUUUGAAGGGGUUUCCGCCGAAUAUAUCUUUUUCUGUGCCUACCUGGCGUCUGACGAUCAAGUCCAGUUAUCCCGGGUGAAUGAAAGGCUGCUCUACAAUUUCCUCGAGGCACUAGAGCUCAACGGCUCAGCAAAAAAGAUCAAGCGUUUCAUCCUCACUUGCGGCUUCAAGCAGUACGGUGUACACAUUGGACCCGGAAAACAGCCACUGCUCGAAGAUGAUCCUUUGUUAGAGAACAACGCAGGCGGAGUGUCUUGGCCGCCCAUAUUUUACUACCCGCAACAACGGGUCUUGGCCAACGCCGCCAAAAAGGGUGGUUGGGAAUGGGUUGCCACUCUCCCGGAAGAUGUUCUGGGAUACGCCCGGGGCAAUUUCAUGAACGAGGCCACGGCCCUGGGGCUGUACUGUGCGGUCAGUAAAGCCUUGCCUGGCUCGGAGCUGCCAUUCAUUGGCAGUAAGGCCAAUUACUUCACGUUCAAUUGUUGGACAUCAGCAAAUCUGCAUGCCAAGUUUUGUCUGUGGGCUGCCGUCGCUCCGGGUGCGGGGAACCAGAUCUUCAACGUCAUCAAUGGAGACACAGAGUCGUUCCAAAACCUGUGGCCACGUAUGGCCUCCCGAUUCGGGUGUCACAUUCCUGAUCCCAUGUUUCCAAACGGUGGGACCCCAAAUACCAAGGGUUUCAAGGGAUACGAGUCAUCUACAAUCCCACUCCAGAACAAGCCUCCUCUUAAAUCGUCAGCCGCGGCUUUAGGUCUGUCUUCGGACCCAGUCUCUAAUGACUCCCCCACGUUGUUUUUGCAGGUAGAUCCGGAGAAGUGGGCGAAACGAGAGGAUGUCAACCAAGCAUGGGCAAAACUCCGAGAACGAUGUGGUCUUGAUCAGCACGCAUGGGAUAAAGCAACUUGGAACUUCCUCACCAUGACCUUGGGUAGAGACUGGAGCUGUGUGGGAAGCAUGAGCAAGGCGAGGAAACUGGGCUGGACCGGGUAUGCUGAUACAUGGGAUGAGUUGGAAGAUACGUUCAAGAUUCUCGAGAGUGAAGGGGUUCUUCCACCUUUGGAUCAAUUGAAACGAGACUUCUAG